AUGACAACCAUCCACAACCCGAACAAUUGGCACUGGGUCGACAAGAACUGUUUGAGCUGGGCCAACAGCUACUUCCAGGAGCGGCUGCCCCAAGUUUCCGUGGCCAGCGACGAACACACCCUGGCUGUGAUCCAGGUCAAGCCCGUGACUGGCGACUGCGACGUGACCCAGCGCAAGGGCAAGGUUAGAUGCAUUUUCGACCUCCAGGUCGAGUUCAAGGUCAAGGUCGACAAGGACGGAGAGUCCACCGAACACGAUGUGCGACUGCUCGAGUUCGAGCACGACCAGCAGGAUUAUGUGUUCGAGGUCGGGGGGUCCGUGGAAUCCAGAGCAGCUGUGCGCGCAGAGCUGAUUCCACAGGCCCGUGCGGUGUUUGAGAAGUUCCAGCCUGAGCUUCUUGACACUUUUGAAAGCGAGCUCAAACACAACUCCAGCUAG